AAAAUUUAUUACUAAAAAGCCUUCUUCAAUUAAUGUUGUUUCAAAGAAAACCUUUAUUUUGUUUCCCGUCACAAGUUUGAAUAUCUUUUAAUGUAAAAAACAGAUCUCAUAAUUAAGCAGUCAGUUAAUCUAUCCGUAGUAGAAACAUCCAAGAAGCACAAAUUUGAUGGAUGGAUUGAAGACUCAUAAAAAUUUAUGAAUUCUUAAGAAUUUUCAAUUUCCUAAGACAUUUUGAAACAAAGCUGCCUUCAGAUUUUUAUAAUCGUAACAAUAAUCAACAACAGAAUGUACAAAAUGAGAGGAAAAACAUGAAAAUUCAUGAUACAAUAGCUCAUAAUAACAAUUAUUUAAAUGACCAUUCGAAAAAUUUAUAUCCUCAAAAGCGAUUAAAACGUGAUGCUGAUAAUUUAUUCAAGGAUAAUGAUCUCUUUUCGAAUUAUGAUAAUAAUGACAACCAAAAUGAUGAGCCUGUAAUUGAAGCUGAAUUUUUCGAUCCAAAAUAUCGAGGAGAGUUGGAACAGCGGGAUGCUGAGAUGGUUCGAAAAACUGGAAAAGGACCUGCGAAUGGUGAUGAAUGGGUUUGGCUGACUCAAUACUGCAGAAUACCGUAUGAGGCAAUUACUGGAUACUGUAAGGAAGCUAAGAACUACUGUCCUCCAGGUUUGCAAGGCCCUCCAGGAAGAGAAGGAAAAACCGGAACACGUGGACCAAAAGGAGAAAUCGGAUUUCCAGGAAAUCCUGGUUUAGACGGGAGAGACGGAAUUAACGGAGAACCGGGUCUCGAUGGAAUACCGGGCCGAGCUGGAGCAGAUGGCGUGGAUGGAUUUCCCGGAAAAGACGGCAAAGAUGGUAUACCCGGAUUAGAUGGAAAGAAUGGACUACAAGGACCUCCAGGUUUGCCUGGUCCGCAAGGUAUGAGAGGCAUGAAAGGAGAAAAAGGAUCAAGGGGUAGGACUGGCAAGCCUGGCAAAGAUGGAGUUCCGGGGAUAAAUACAUGGAAAGUUAAGGUUAAUGGAACAUAUUCUGAUGAAUUACUUGUUCCGCCUUCUAUUGCAACCGCUGAAUAUAACUCAAAUAAGCCACGUUCUAUUGUUGUGCGUGAAGGAGAGCAUUUAAGACUACGAUGUGCUGCAAAUGGGUAUCCACAACCAAAUGUCGAGUGGGUGCGUCAAGACGACAGAGCAAUAUCUUUUGGUGCAUGGGAAUUAAGCUCUGUUUCAGGACAUACAUUAAACAUAACAAAAGUUAAUCGUGUUCAUAUGGGAUUAUACAAAUGUGUUGCUGACAAUGGUAUACCACCGACUGCAAAUCAGACAUAUCAGCUCGAGGUUUACUUUGCACCAUUAAUUCAAAUUAGGAGCCAAACAAUUUAUGUUGAAAAUGAUUCAACAGCAACUUUAGAGUGCGAGGUUGAAGCAUUUCCAGAUCCAUUUAGAUUUUGGGAGAAGCUGCCUGAGAAUAAACUUUUGGAGCAAAAUGAUGGAAAAUAUUUUAUUGAGACAGUUCACACUGACAGAUAUAAAUCUAUAAUGAGAUUGAAUAUCACAAAAAUACGCUCGCAUGAUUAUGGAGAAUAUCGCUGUGUCAGUAAAAAUGAGAUGGGAAUAGCAAGAGCCGUGUUCCAAGUACAGGAACGUUAUUCGUACAUGAUACCAAGCGCUUCCGAUGAUACACCACCCAUUAUGUUUGGUGCUCGACCUCCACUUAAGGAAUCUUUUGAAGAUUUAUGCCCACCACAAAUUUGUCCUGACUGUACGGAUGUUAAAGAAACAAAAUGUAGGGAUACAUCUGUAUCAUUGAACGAUCUUUUCGGUGGUAAUUUGGAACUUAAACCGAGCGGAAACAAAACUUAUAUGGGGUUGCCAAGUCGUACGUUAGAAUGUGUAUUGUAUGCUGUCGGAAAGCCAGUUUAUAUUAAAUAUACUGAACAAAAUUAUGGCUCAUGGCUAAAGGACUCGGCUGCAAAGAAUGACGUACAGUCGGAUAAGAUUUGGUCAACGCGAGAGAAUGAUGAUUUUCAGUUAUUUGAAUAUGCAAAUAAAGUUGAGGCCUACCGUAACAAUGUAGCAUCAAAAGUGUAUCGGCUUCAAUUUCCAUUUAAGGGCAAUGCACAUGUGGUGUACAAUGGAUACUUUUACUAUUUCCGACGAGACGAGCCAAAGAUUGUGAAAUACGAUUUAACGAUGGAUAAACAAGCAGGCAUGAAGGAGUUAGAUUUUGCGACAUCAAAUAAUACCAACUAUUUAUACACAACUGAGUACAAUCUGGUUGAUUUCAAUGUAGAUGAGAAUGGAUUAUGGGUAAUCUAUUCAACAGCAGAUUCAAACAAUACUAUUGUUUCGAUGCUAAAUCCAAUAACUCUCGAAGCGUUGUAUAGUCUUAAUAUCAGUAUUAAUCAUCACAAGGUAAGCUGUAUAAACUUGUGUACUAUGUCUAUACAUGCUAUUCAUAGGGAAGAGUCAACAUAAGAUAAAAAUCGAUUUUUCUGCUUGCUUUUUCUUUCCAUACUUUUUUU